CUCUAUAUAGGGCUGUUUCUGGAAACCUUAUCCACGGCCAAAAGCUGCAGUUUCUAUCUGAACUCAUUCUCAGCGAGAAAGGAUCCCUCCUGAUCAAGACUCACCAAGGUCAUCGAUCAAUUGGUUUAGAUGAUUAUGGAAUUUGCAAGUGAGAAUUUUCCAAUCGUUGGCCAUCAUUCGAAAGGGAACGAGUACUACGUGGGAGCAGGAGCAACCCUGGAACAAGUUAUGGAGAGUAUGGAGGGGGGAACUUUCUACAACAAGAAUGCAUCAAAACGUAUCCAAACCUUUCUUAAUAUGGAAAGCAACGAGCACCAUGAGAGACUUGGGAAAACUGUUCACGAGGACGGUGCGAACGUCAAUUAUGGUGUUUCAAAGCCAUUGGGUCAACCUGGCUGCACCGACCUAUCAAGACCUAUUGAGAACUACUGCAAUAUGAAGGUGUCACCAUUGAAAGGUCUGGAGGAAAAAUCCAUCAUAGAUCAGAAUGUUGACAAGAGCGACUCCAAUGUCUCUAGCACAAAGAAGAGGAGAAAUAGGACAACGUUCACUAGUUUACAGUUAGAGGAACUGGAGAAAGUUUUCCAGAAAACUCAUUACCCAGAUGUGUAUGCUAGGGAACAGCUGGCUCUUCGCACAGAGCUCACUGAGGCAAGAGUCCAGGUUUGGUUCCAAAAUAGAAGAGCAAAAUGGAGAAAGAGGGAACGCUAUGGACAGUUACAACAAGCUCGAAGCCACUUUGCAACCUCCUAUGAUGUAUCUCUUUUACCCAGGACAGAAACUUAUUCACAGCUGCAAAGCAAUUUGUGGGCAGGGAACAGCCCCACCAACUCAGCAGUUUCAUCCUGUGUAUUACCACGUGAAUCAUCCCCUUGUAUGUCACCAUACCCUCACUCACAUAGAAAUGCCAGUGCUUACAUGGGCAUAUCAAAUCAUCAAAACCAGUUCAGUCAAGUAGCUCUAAACAAUCUCUUCAAUGACUCUGUGCUGUCGGGCUCUUCUGAUGGACAUGCCUUUGAACCAAGGCCAGAGUGUGAACGAAGAUCCUCAAGUAUUGCCGUGCUUCGAAUGAAAGCCAAAGAACACACUGCUAACAUAUCAUGGGCCAUGUAAUGGGAAAAGUGAUGGAAGUGUAAUUAAAAUGAAAGACAAUCUGUAAAUCAACUUGCCUGUGCAAUUAUGUUCCUGGAAAAUAGUGUGCCAAGCUGCUACAUCUUAGAAAGGAAGUAGUUACAAGCACAUCAUUGGAGAGCAAUUGACAGGAUUUUUUAAUUCAAAGCAAAAAAUAGAGAAGACCAAAUCAGGAGAUGGAAUGAUUGAUCAGAAAGUUCUAUGUGGCUGUUUAAAGAGGACAUUUUGUACUAUGAAUCACAGGAUUUUACAGCACAGGUUAUCAUUUAGCCCACGUGCUUAUGUCCACUCUAUGAAAGUGCUCUGAAUCUCAUUCCUCUGCCUUCAGUUGAUACCCUUUUGUUCUUUUUUUUGCCUCUUUAAAAAAUAUUUAUCCAUGUCUGAUUCUAAACGUUUCAUGUAUAUUGCCUGCACCUUUGUUUCUGGUAAGGCCUUAUGUUUCUACAACCCACUUUGUUAAAAAAAACAUUUCCUAACCUCUUCUGUUUUGUUUGUUGUUGAUCUUAAGUUUAUGCGUUUGGAUCAGUACUGCUAUGUCAAUGGAACAACAUUUCAGAAAGAAUACAUCACAGAAAUAAAACUACAUUGAUUGUUGAGUGCUACCAAUCCAAGGAUGAAUUUCUUUCCCCAUGCUCUCCAGACACUGAUUCACUGAUCAAUGAGAAUAACUUUUCCCAAUGUCUAUUAUCAAAACUACUCAUUAAUUUUGAACAUCUGUAUUAGAUCUCCCUUUACCUUCUUCUAAUGAAAAGUGUUCACUUUCCAUUAUGUCUUCUAACAACUGAAGCCUCUCAUUCCUGGUAUUAUUUUAGUGCUCUCUUUCUAUAGUCUAAGAAUUCACCUAAAGUAAGGGGCCCAAAUUGGGGAGAGCACUGAUUUGUGUAGGUUGAGCAUUACCUUCUAGCUUUCAUAUAAAACUUUUUAAAAUCCUGCAAUCCUCAUUUUAGCUAGCCAUAGUCUGCAAAAUUGGUAUUGUACCCCUUAAACCCAAGUUUAGAUUCUUUAUAUAUACUUGCAAAGAAGUAUCCUGUCUCUGAAUUGAGUGCAUGGUGUUUAUAUUCCCUAGUCUGAGCUGGCUGGCAUGGG